AUGUUACAGAAGAAACGAUGGUGUGUAGAUGGAGAUGGGAAGGAGCGUGGAUUUGGGUCUGAAUGGGUGAGAGAGCACAUGGAGUGCUCCUGCACCAAGGAGGGUUUGAGCUGCUGCAGCUUCUUACAAAACCAUCUUGACAAUUAUGUUCGUUCUCCCUGUUGGGUCUGAAGUCCCUGAUGAAGCCACCGUAGAUAUAUCCCUGAGGAGUGUGAGCUUGUUGUGGAUAAAGAUGCCUGCUCUGCCAAGAUGGUGCAGAAGUCAGACAAAACACAGCCGUGUUAUCCUUUCUGAAAACACAAUGCAGACU